ACAGGCCUAGGUGCACCCUCAGUUGUCGGGCCUACAUGUCUAGCAACAAACAUCCAAUGAGCACAUGUAAUUCCUUAGGCUAAUGCGGAUAAUUCCCUGGCCAUAUUGCGCAGUGGCACAGCUACCCGUGGAUUUGGGUGAUGCGUUCGACUCAUUACACGUGCACAGCGAAGCAGACACUGGCAGUUUCUACAAUACUUUUUGACGGCGAGUCUUGUUUUUCCGCACGUGUGUUGAGAAAGACAUGGUACCGCAAUCGGGCAAAGCUGUGUGAUUUGUCAAACAAAUGGGAAAUCACGAGGUUUGUCGGACAUUUCAAAAUAUAUUUAUUACCGCGAUGAGAGUGGUCACACAUGAACUUCAGACCCAUACUUCUGAGAUGACUGGGAGUUUGUAGAGGAACAGUCUUAUUGAAAAAUCUACCAAUAACACAAGGGAGGGAAGCCUGACAUUAUCAUUUAAAAAUGGAUUCAUUUCAAAAUCCGUACGGGUCCACGCUCAACCGCAGCCAAUCUCUGAUGAGUGGCCUGGAGAAGACCCCUCCCACGUUGAACAAACCCACCCACUCUCGGAGCAGUAGCACCGCCUCCUCCCGUCACUCUCGGGUGAGUACGAACAUUAAAGACUGGGAGGUGAUGGAUGACCUUCAGGUGGAAAUAAUGUCUGGUGACAACUCCCAGGACCUGACCAUCCCAGGCAUCUGUGAAGGAUACCUCCUCAAGAGGAGAAAAUGGCCCCUGAAAGGCUGGCACAAGAGGUACUUUGUGUUGGAAACGGGGAUCUUACGAUAUUCCAAAACCCAACAAGAUAUCACAAGGGGAAAGCUUCAUGGUUCAUUAGAUGUCGGCCUUGCAGUCAUGUCUAUCAACAAGAAAUCCAAUCGUAUCGAUUUGGAUGCAGGAGAUGUUCUAUAUCAUAUGAAGGCCAAUAGUCAUGACUUGUUCUACAUCUGGGUGGCCAAGCUGAGUGCCCAUCGCAUGUUCAAGAAGAAUGAGGCUGCUCAAGUGCACAAUGGCUUUUUCCAGGCCUUGUCCCAGGGCACCAGUGUGCCUGGACUAGCACAGAGGAACGGCAUGCAGGACGUGUCUUCCUACCAACACUACCAUAGCACUGCAGACUCUUACGUGGGUGAGAUAGCUGCAUCAACACCGUCCGAGUUUCCCUCUGUCAACCCGGGGGUGAAUGGGAAGGUGUCAGCCUGGUUACAACAGACUCAUGACCCAGACAGCUGUGCUCAAGAGCUGAACCGUUGUCAGUUGGAACUGUCUGAGCUGAACCGACUGGUCCGGAGGCUGCAGUUGCUGGAGGGGGGCCAGCAGGCCUUCACCGACGGCGAGCUGCAGCGCAUCAUCAGCAUGCAGAAUCUCUCUCUUGAGAAACCCAAGAAGUCCAGGUCUUGCAAGAUAUGGGGUCACUCGCGCACAAUGUCAAGGGUAGAGGCCCUUGGAAUGGUAAGACAGCUGUCCUCUAGUCACCUGAACAGCUCGUCCCAACUGGGUGCGUCUGUCCCCUCCCUUCAAGACUAUGUCCCCGCCGUCCCGGACUAUGUCUACUCCCAGCUGUCCCCUCCCACCAACACCUCCCCAGAAGGCAGGAAGAUCCAGCAGGACAUCUGUAGCGUGUCCCAAAGAGUACACGCGUCCCUCAAGUCUGUGCAUGAUGCCUUGGCCCAGGAGCGUCAGAGACUGCAGGAUACCUACCACCAAUCAACCACACUAGCUGAGACUGUAUCUGGGAACGAGUCCCAUCACACGCCAUCGGUGACAGACUCUGCAGCUGAGUAUUUUGAUGCGAGUGACGGUGUCCUGAAUGGGAGUUUCUCUGAGUCCGAGUCUGGUCUGAGUGAAGGGACAACCAGCAACUCUGAACCUGAGGAAGGACAUGCUUCAGCCACUCGUGAGUACCGUGCCAGCAUCUCUAAGACUCCCAACAGUGUCGUGCCCAAAAAUACGGGCCGCCGUACCACCCUGGCCGCCCACUGCCCGGACAACGCCCAGGUGGGCCUGAUGCAGAUCCUCUAUAACAACAUAGGCAAGGACCUGUCCCGUGUCUCCAUGCCUGCUGCUCUCAACGAGCCCAUCAAUCUGAUGCAAAGACUGUGUGAGGAGCUUGAGUACUCUGAGUUGCUGGACACUGCCAACAACACACAAGACCCCUACCAGAGGAUGGUCUACGUAGGUGCCUUUGCCAUCUCUGGCUAUGCUACAGCUCACUACCGCAACCGCUACAAGCCCUUCAACCCACUCCUGGGGGAGACCUAUGAGUGUCUGAGAGAGGACAAGGGCUUCCGCUACAUCAGUGAGCAGGUCUGCCACCACCCCCCCAUCUCUGCGUGUCAUGCAGACUCAGAUAACUUCUCCUUCUGGCAGGACCAGCGGUGGAAGAAUAAGUUCUGGGGGAAGUCACUGGAGAUCAUGCCAACAGGGAUGGUGAAUGUCACUCUCCCAAGGUUUGGGGACCACUAUGAGUGGAACAAAGUGGUGACCUGCAUCCAUAAUGUCCUGAGCCAGCAGCGCUACCUGGAGCACUAUGGGGAGGUCAUCAUCCGUAACCUCAACGGCAACGCGUGCACCUGUAAGAUCACCUUCGUUAAGUCCCGCUAUUGGGGGUCGGACACCAACAAGAAUGAAGUGCAGGGCACCGUGCUCGACCAGACUGGGAGUGUUAUCCACCGGUUUGGGGGGCUGUGGCAUGAGGGCAUCUUCUGUGACACCUUGCCCACUCCACAGUGUAUCUGGAAGCCAAAUUCCCAGCCCAAGGACUACUACCUGUACUACGGCUUCUCAAGCUUCACACUAGAGCUGAACGAGCUCACCCCAGGCCUGAAGCCUCUUCUGCCCCCCACAGACUCACGCCUUCGUCCUGACCAGAGGAUGCUGGAGGAUGGGAGGGUGGAUGACUGUGACAAGUUUAAAGAAGAAGUGGAAGACAUGCAGAGGGAGCGGAGGAAACAACUGGCUAAGAAAGGACAGGAGCACACGCCACGCUUCUUUAAGAAAGCCAUGGAUUCCUCUGGGAGGGAUGUGUGGCUGACCAAUGGAACCUAUUGGAAAGUCCGAGAGAACCCGGGCUUUGCUAACACACACAACCUGGAACUAUGGUGAAUAAACAGACCGACUGGGGCCAUUUGGUGGAAUUGGUGAAGGCAUCGAUGAACCGUCCUGAGGCCCCACCUUCCAUCAUUGCCAUCUGAUUUGCACUCCCUCCCUGGCUGCUUCAUGGGAAACCUCUGGGGAAAGUCUGGAAACGACUUGGAUCCACUGAAACGUCAAGUUGAAAAUAGUCCCCAGAAUGUGUAGCGUCACCUGUUCCGCCACCUGGAAAGGAUAAAUAGACUUUUCUCUCAUACUCGUAUUUAGUCCAUUGCAAUGUAUUUAUGGUCAUUCCCCAUUUGUGUACAUUUAUGUUAUCCUGUCAAGAUGUAUUUGCUGUCUAGAGGGCUGGAAGUGUGAGGUUAAUAUGCUCAGGUCAAGACAUUUACUGUGACUAUUCUUCAGAUAUUGUAAAGGUAGAAAAAUGUGUAUUUAAUACUCCCGGAGCUGUCUCCUAACUCAAUCGUCAUCACUCAAUUUUCACACGUCUCUCUAAGUCAUCUAUGCGUGAUUUGUGGAUCCUAAAUUAGGAUUACGCCCAUUUAUGAAUUAUUGUUGAAUCAUAUUUAUUUCAGUGGCAUUGGUGUGUUCAAACAUUCCUUUCUCCUACCGGAGUGUUUUAGUAAGUCAAACAAUUUGACAUGGGAAUGUAACCUAUAACAGUCUGUCAUUUAGGGUGCACAUAAAUUACUUUUUAUAAUGUAAGUGUUUUAUUUUUGAUUAGAUUUCUAGUGAACAAUAAUAAUGCUGUUACUUGUGAUUUAACAUAUUGCUCUUGAAAGGGGCUACCAAGGCAACUGGUUGCAUAAUGAGUCUGUGUUAAUAAAGUAUAUUUUAUGAUUGAGUAUAAUUAAAUUAUAAUCAAGCUAGACUUAAUAUCAACAUGUCUAAUAUACAGUACAAUGGGUAUGUGGGUAUUAUUCUGUUUAUAAUCUUAAGGUUGUCUUUUUAAAAUUGUAUUUUUUACAUUGGUUUGAGAUUCAAUUUAAACAGUUGUGAUUAUGAAAUGUUAAUUCAUGAAUAAAACACAGUAAAAGACAAUUAAAGCCACCUUUUAAUAAAUUAAACAUUUUUUGUCCUUCAA